AUGUCAUCAAAACCACCCCCUUCCGAUCUCCCAAUCCACGCCUUCCCCGCCGCCUCAGCCCUGGAAGAAUUCCUCGAACACGAACACCUAAAAUGCCCAGGCUUCUAUCUCAAACUUGCCAAAAAGGCCUCCGGCAUCAAGUCAAUAUCCGCCGCUGAAGCCGUAGAAACAGCACUAUGCUUCGGCUGGAUUGACGGACGCGCAAACGGAUUCGAUCAGGACUGGUGGCUUGUACGAUACACGCCACGCCGGGCAAAGAGUAUCUGGUCCCAGAAGAAUGUCAAUACGAUCAGUCGCCUGAUCGAAAUGGGCCGAAUACGCCCUGCUGGCUUGGCUGCUGUGGAGGCUGCGAAGGCUGAUGGGCGCUGGGAGCGUGCUUAUGCGGGGCCCGCGACUAUAACGGUCCCUGAUGACUUCGCUACGGUUCUGAAGGAGAAUUCGGUUGCGGAGGCUUUCUUUGAAUCGUUGAAUAAGAGUGAUCGGUAUUCUGUGCUGUGGCGCGUUCAAACAUCGUCCCCGGCGGCGCGAAGUAAGAAGAUCGCGACUUUGGUGGCGAUGCUUGCAAAGGGAGAGCGACUCACGGUAACGAAUACAUCCUCGGUAAAAUGCAAGAAGGCGAGGGUAUCUGAUGGGGUUUCUGUUAAAAAAAAGAAGGCUGAGAAACCUAUAGUGACGAAGCCGAGGCGAAGUGGCCUUCGGAGUUCAACUCUAACUGAGAAAUGA